AUGCCCGGUAUCGCUAGUCUCUACGCUGAAGGUGCUGAUGAUGGCACGAAGCUCCACGUCUUCUCCAUCGGCUCCGACAACAAUCUCCAGCUUCAUUCUCGUGAUGAAGGUGAUGUAAACGAUACUCCUGAGACACAUGACUUCAGCACCCAAGGCAUUGAAGGCACUAUUGUCAAUAGUCAGAUCACUAGUGCACAACUCGUUCUUGAUCUGAAAAAGAGAGAUCUCGUUUACUCCGAGGGUGUCAUUGGCUUUACUAACAAAGACGAUGAUGGCGAGUCCCACAAUGUUUCUGUUAUCAGCCCGAAGUACAUCUCGCUUGAUAAGACGGAGAAGCAUAAUUUGACCAUUGCCUCGUGCUUCUCUGAGUGUGAUAGUUGGGUCUACUAUUUCAAAGGAGCCCAGGAUGAUCGCAUCUUAGUCGAGUGUCACCCCGUGUUGGGCGAGUCACAUGAGAUAGACGACACUAUCCAGAUUGACAGCAAUUCAUCUCUGGCAGCUUACUACGAUGCCGAAAAUGAAAGACGCUCUGUAAUCAUCCAAGGCGCUUCCAACAGCACCUUCUACGAGUAUUAUCCUGAGGGCGAUGGAGACACCCAACGCUUGAAAUACACCGAUGAUGCACAAGCUGGCACCCCUUUGGCUGUUGUAUGUGUUAACGGAAAUGUUUAUCUCUACUACACGAACCGUUCCAAUGAGCUACGCAUCGUGACCAAGCAAAUUGGGAGGAGUUGGGGUAGUCCUCAGGAAGUUCAGGGAAGCCCAGUUGAUACUGCUAGCCAGUUGACUGUUGUGGCUAGCGAGAAGGGCAAUCACCUGUUCUAUGUGGCUGAGGGCAGUGACGAAUCUGAGAUCAACCAUGUUCUCCACGUACGGUAA